AUAUUUAUUAACAUCAAGUAACAGAACUAACUCAAAACGAAUUGAUAUUCAAGAGGUAAAAACUUGUGCAAGUGGCUCAGCUGUCUUAAAAAUUCCAAUGCCUAUACAAAGCAAGUUAUGGCCAAUAUUAUGGACAAAGGAUGGUGACACCCUUGCAAUUGAAUCUCGCCACCAUAUUAAUGCCAGUGCUCUUACAAUAGUCGACGCUACUCCAAAAGAUGGAGGCAUAUAUUGUGCGCAACUGCUAACACAUGAAAGAAGUUUUCAGUUUUAUUUUAAGUUGAUUAUUGCAGAUAGUAGAUUGACGUCAUUUACUCCUCCAAAAGUUAUUGCGGCAGUAGGAAGUAAUGUUACCAUCAAAAUUGAAGCCAAAGGUCACGGAAACUCGGCGUGGACAUUUAAUGGAGAUUUUUUAAAUGCUAACGCCGAAAGCAAUCAUUUUAAGUUUCUUGAUCCUCGUGAUUUCGAUAUAAUUAAUGGUGGUGUUCUUUUUAUUCAAAAUAUUCAAAAACGUCAUAGUGGCGUAUAUUUAAUGGCAUUUAACGUCCAAGGAUGUGAAACUACCGUUACAACUCAAGUAGAAGUGUUUUUUACAAAAUUGGGUACUAUAAACGAUCGUAAAUCUGAAGAGUUAAUUUAUGAUCGGAUUCUUUCUGUUAAAUCUCAACCUAUGUUUAAAACGAGUGUCGGAAUGAUUGUUAUUAUAAUAGCAAUCAUCGCUGUUACUGCUGGCGUCUCAAGUCUAAUAACUUUAUGGUGUCUUGGUUUGUGCAAACUACUAAAGAAACAUUGGUUAAAAAAGAAUGCCAGUUCUUUUUCAAGAGAAAUAUCAAAAGAACACAUGUUAAAGCGCGACCAACUAAAUGAGGUUCGCAACAGCAACACAAAAAUAAAUUUUAAUAAGUCAGCAACAAGAGCUUUAUUAAACUUCGGCAUUAAAUUUAAUAACUAUUUAGGGUCUGUUAGAAAUAAAUUAAACAACAAAAACCAGGGUGGUUAUAAGAUACUUGAUGAAGAAGUCGAUUCGGACGAUAAUACAAAUGUGCAAGCUGAUAUCAAUGGACCCUCUAAAACAAAUUCGUUUCAUAACUUAAGCUUUACUGAUAAUUUAGAUUCUUCUCAUAUCAAUACAAAGCAUGAUUGUAACAAUAAUAAAGAAGACAAAGAUCAAGAGAAAAUAUCUUGUUGUGAGAAGAAGAAGCUUGUUAAAAUAUCUUCUUCUUUUUCUUCUUUUAUUCAAACAAAUAAAAAAAAACAUAAAGAAAAUAUAUUUAACACAAUUAGAUAAAUUUUGAAAAAAAAACUUCGUUUCUUAUUACCGUUUAGCUAAUCAAAUUUGUAAAAAAAUGAAAAUCAAUAUAAUAAAUCCUCUG